AUGGCAUACUCUGAUAGAAUAUCAUAUCGUCCGUUAUAUCAAAAACAAACUUAUUCAAUUUGGAAAUUUCCAAGAUUAUUUAGAAGUAUCGCUGCAUGCUUAUCGCUCGUAUUCUUCAUUGUAAUACCAUUUAUUCAUCUAAAUAAACGUCAUAUCGAUUCAAAUUCUUCUAUAUUUCAUAAAGUAAAUGAUCAUAAACCACUUUUUAAUAGUAUUAGUAAUAAUAUUAUAGUUGUCGUCGAUGGUGAUCAACAAGCAACCAGUCUACAACCUAUUUAUUGUAAAUUGUCUAAAAAAGCUGAAAAUGUAAAUACUCAUGUAAUUGUUACCGGAAAAAAUCGUGGAAUGGGCGGUACAAGAUUAAUAAGAUUCAAUUCCCUAUUUUCAAAUUGUGAUGUAUCUGUAUAUGAUUUAGAACUUCGUAAAGGUAUUUCUUCCAAUGAAAAUAUCUUACCUUUGGUAUUUCAAGGAAUAAAUCAUGCAUUAGAUCAAAUUCGACCGGAUGUUUUGAUUUAUAUAAAUGAUCCUGAAAAUGAAGCGAUGCGUGGUGUUGAUGCCGCUUUAGUUGCUGCUUCUCAAUCAAAUAAAAAUAUUACAAAGAUUUCAAUACCUAUCGAACACACGAAACAUUUAUUGUGGCUACCUGAUUUAUCUAUUGAGGCACUUAAAAACUGGAACACUCCAAAAAUUCAAAUACAAGUGAUCACACAAAAUCGUCCUCAAUCUCUAACACGUCUUAUGCAAUCUCUCAAUUCAUCCAUUUAUUUUGGUGAUGAUGUAUCUCUCACUAUAAAUAUGGAUCGAGGUGCUGAUCCUGUGACCAUUAAGUUUUGUCAAACAUUUAAAUGGACUUUUGGCUCAAAAAUCGUUCGACAUCGCGUAGUUCAAGGUGGUUUACUGAUUGCUGUAAUAGAAUCUUAUUAUCCUAUUGAUUAUAAUGAGUACGCUAUACUUUUGGAAGAUGAUGUUGAACUUUCUCCAUUUUAUUAUAUAUGGGCAAAAUAUAGCGUCUUAAAAUAUAGAUAUGGUAUUGAUAGAAGUUUAUCUGGAAGAAUGUUUGGAAUUAGCCUUUAUAAUAUAAAAAUUAAUGAAUUAAAUUUGGCUGGUCGUAGACCUUUUAAUCCUGCUCUUAGUUUGAGAGGAACAAUAUAUCCUAAUCAAUCUCCAUAUCUUAGUCAAGUACCUUGUAGUUGGGGUGCUUUAUAUUUCCCUGAAAUAUGGCAUGAAUUCCGUAUUUAUCAAAAUGCUCGAUUAAAUGAUAUUCAUGGUCUUAAAUUACAGGAUAUAACCGUUCCAGAAAGUAGAUCUAAUCGUUGGAAAGAAUCUUGGAAACGUUUCUUUAUAGAACUUGCUUAUCUUCGUGGCUAUGUAAUGCUCUAUCCUAACUAUGAAGACUUUAUCAGCUUUUCCACUAAUCAUGUUGAGAAAGGUGUUCACAAUCGUAAAGACGUAAAGAAAAAAGAAGUGUUUGGUCUCCCAUUAAUGGAUAAAGAUAUUGUAUUGGAUGGAUUACCUGGUGGUCGUUUACCAAACUUUAAGGAUUUACCAACUAUGGAUCUUUGGGGAAAGGUUACACCAACAAAAGAAUUAAUUCAACGUGGACGUAAUCUACACUUGAAAAUUUCACGUUGUCCUCCUAAUGAUUUUGAUGAACUCACUUACGACCCUCAAGACCUAUUAUGCGUUGAUGAAGAGACUGUACGCAUUAAAAUGGAGAAACAAUCGAAAUCUAAAAUCGAUGAAAUUCUAAAUACUUCAAAAGACGUAAAGAUAAUUGAACAAAUAACUAAGGAAGAUAGCCAUGCAGAAAACCCGACAAUUGAUGAUAAAAUUUCCACUCCUGAUGACAAAGAAAAGAUAUUAAUUUGA